AUGGCUCGAGAUUCCGACCGGAUGGAUUUACAUGUUGAUGAUGUUUUAUUUGGUCAAGAGAAUGAUGUUUUUGGCUUUGAAUCUUCGACAUGGUCUAAUGUUAAUGUUGGUGUUUCUUUCUCUGAGACUGAGACUCUAAUUGGUGAUGUUGGAGGAGUCAAUGGUUCAAUGGGGCUGUUUUCUGGGACUGAUGAGGUUGGGUUUCACAUGGGCUCAGAGUGUAAUGUUUCGGUUAAUCGCUGUGAAAAAGAGGGUUUUUAUCGAGGAAAAAAUAAUAAUUUGGCGGAUGGUGGAAUGUUGGGUGUUGUUAAUGGAGAGUGUGAUGGGAAAGUAGGAAAAUUUUCAAGUUGGUUGGUGCAAAAUGAAGUUGAGAGAACUGUGACUCAAAGUACUGGUGGAGGUUGUGCAGAGUCAGGUAAAGAUUUGGUUUUUGGAUUGAACAAUGGUGUUCAGAUCGAACGAGAGUGCGAGGAUGUGUCGAAGGUUGCAGAAGUGUCUUUGGAUAUGGAACAUUUGUUUUCAAAAAAGUCCUUUCUGUCGGAUGAACAAGUAAAUGAGAUUCAGAAUUGUAUUCAAUACAACUAUUGUGGUUUAGAUCUUGUUGUGGAUCUUAAUUCUUACAAAAACACUCAGGAGGAUAAUGUGCGGAGGGAUUCGGUGUUUUCCGAUGUUAACUACCGUAUAUCUGAUUUAGUAUGGGGAAAGGUUAGGGGUCAUCCUUGGUGGCCUGGUCAGAUCUAUGAUCCCUCAAUUGCAUCAGAGGUGGCAAAGAGUUACUGGGAAGAGGAUUGUUACCUGAUAGCAUAUUUUGGGGGUCAGAAAUUUGCUUGGAAUGAAGUGUCAAUGAUAAAGCCAUUUCAUAAACAUUUCUCCGAAAUGGCGAAACAGACUGAUUGUGAAAGUUUCCGCUUUGCUGUUGAUUGUGCUCUAGAGGAAGCCUCAAGACGGGUUGCGUUUAGCCUGUCUUGUCCUUGUUUGCCCGAGGAAGUGUCUUCUAACCUCAAGUCGCAAGUAGUUGCUAAUGGUGAAAUCUGUAAUCAAUCUUUUGAACCUGCAGAGCUUGUAAGUUUUGUUCAAUCAUUAGCUCAGUCACCACUUACUGAGUUUGAUAGACUGGAUUUGGUAAGGGCUCGUGGCCAAGUGUCAGCUUUCUAUCGCUUGAAAGGCUAUUCGCAGCUGCCUGAGUUUAUGGUGCAUGAUCGGUUGUUCGUACCUGAUAUGGAAAUUCUACCUGUAAGAGAAGAGCAGUGCAAUGAUCAAGUUUUGAAAACAGGUCAAUGCUUUUUACCAGCUUUGAUCUCUGAGAAGAACUCAUGGACUCCAAAUGGUAAAUGUACUCUAGAAAAGAAAGCUGGGGAUAAUCUCAGUUCGCGACGCGGCAGGAAACGGAAGGUAUCUCACGAUCCUUCUUAUGAUUAUGACUGUUUCCAGAAUUUCCAAAUUGAAGAUGAUAAAUCUACUUCCCGGCGUGGAAGGAAACCGGAGGCAGCUUACAAUACUUCUGAUGAUUGUUUCCAGAAUUUCCAAAUUGCUGUUAAAAAUUCAAUUCCACGCAAGCGUGGCAGAAAACCGAAGGCAGCUUACAAUACUCCUGAUGAUUGUUUCCAGAAUUCCCAAAUUGCCGUUAACAAUUCAAUUCCACGCAAGCGUGGCAGAAAACCGAAGGCAGCUUACAAUACUUAUGAUUGUAUCCAGAAUUUCCAAAUUGCUGUUAAUGAUUCAAUUCCACGCAAGCGUGGCAGAAAACCGAAGGCAGCUUACAAUACUUAUGAUGAUUGUUUCCAUAAUUCUCAAACCGGAAACAGCACCGAAUUCCAGAAUGUAUCAGUACAUGAUAUGUGGUCUCAACUAUGCUUGGCUGCCAAUGAUCCUGCAGGGCAAAGUUGCAACACUGAUUUGAUACAUUACUUUGCUGAUUUUAGAAAAGUCACUGGCCGUAACAAUUCUGCUUUCCUCGAGCAGGGAUUUUCUUUAGAAACUGGAGUAUUAGCCGCCUCUACAGAAGCUGCUGCUGCUGUAGCUUUUGUGUCGAAAGAACUUGGAGUAAUAGAAGCAGAUGCAGUAGCUUCUGUGUCAAAAGAACUUGAAGUAAUAGAAGCAGCUGCAGUAGCUUCUGUGUCGACACCAAUGAAAGGUGGAGUAAUAAACUCUAUGGAAGCUGCUGCUACAGCUUCUGUGUCCACACCUAAAGAACUUGGAGUGAUAGAAGCAGCUGCAGUACCUUCUGUGUCGACGCCGAUGGAAGGUGGAGAAGGUGGAGUAAUAAAUUCUAUUGAAGCUGCUGCAGCAGCGUAUGUGGCGACACCACCCAUGAAACUUGGAGUAAUAGAAGCUGCUGCAGAAGCUUUUCUUUCCACUCCUGCUGCUGCAGAAGCUUCGGUUUCAACUCCGAUGGAACUUGGAGUAAUACAGGCUGCUGUGGAAGCUUAUUUGUCGACUCCAAUGGAACUUGGAGUAAUAGAUGCUGCUGCAGAAGCUUCCGCUUGGACUGCGAUGGAACUUGCAGUACUAGAAGCUGCGGCAGAAACUUCUGCUACAGCUUCUAUACAGACGACACCAAUGGAGUUUUGCAAUGAUGGUUAUUUCGAUCCUACUACCGGUUUAUUGCAGGAUGGAAAUCUCAUAUCAGAACCUUUAAAUCAUGUGGAACAACCUCUCAUAUCAGAACCUUUCAAUCAUGUGGAACAACAUCUCAUAUCAGAACCUUUCAAUCAUGUGGAACAAAAUCUCAAAGCAGAACCUAUCGUGGAACAUACAAGUACUUCAGAAGAAGCAGCUGAAAUUAGUUUUAAUACGAGUUUAAUCCAUCAAAAUACAGAUGAAAAUCUUGCAUCAGAACCUCUCAAUCAGGUGGAACAUGCAGAACAUGCGAGCGAAAAUUCUCCGACAGCUUUUACUUUGAAAUUCACAAACUUCGAUUCGGUUCCUUCCAUAACAGAUCUGAACCAAAUCUUUGGCCGCUUUGGGCCGCUAAUUGAAUCGAAGACUGAACUAUUAGAGAGAACUAAAUGCGUCAAAGUUGUUUUCAAAAGACGCGUUGAUGCAGAAACUGCUUUUUGCAGUGCCGGACAGUAUAACAUAUUUGGACCUUCAUUAAAGAGUUAUAAACUCAAGAUUUUGCCUCCUAUACCAGAGAAAGCCCCGGGGAAGAAGCGACACAGAAGAACCAAAAAGGAAAUAGCUUCUUCCAUGAAAGCCGCCCCGGGGAAGAAACGACACAGAAGAACCAAAAAGGAAAUAGCUUCCAUGAAAGCCGCUGCAGUUUGA